AUUAGUAAUUUACUUCUUAAGCAAUACCACACUACUAUAAACUCUGAAGGAAAUCCAUUACCCAAAAAAUAAAACCAUUAGACUGAAAGCCAAAGCUCUCUCAGAUCCAUCAGAGCAAACUAAAAAUUAAAAUUCUCGUUGUUGCAGAGACUGAAGAACACACACAAAAAAAAAUCAAAACCCAGCGAUUCGGAUCCGUUGAAAAUGGAGGUUCCGCAAGUUGGAUCCGAGAGGGACAAACCCAACCCGUCCUCUUCUCCUACCCCAAUCGUCGCCAAUUUCUGGAAAGGUUUUGAUUUAGAGAAGGUAAAGGUUAUUUUGGAUGAACAAGGGCUAAGGAUAGCUGAUAAUCAGGAGAACAGCCAGAAAAAUCGACGGAAGCUUGCAGAAAGCACUAGAGAUUUCAAGAAAGCUUCAGCAGAAGAAAAGUUAAGUUUGUUUAACUCUUUACUUAAGGGAUACCAAGAAGAAGUUAACAAUCUCACCAUGAGAGCAAAGUUUGGAGAAAAUGCUUUUCUUGAAAUUUAUCAAAAACUUUAUGAGGCUCCAGAUCCUUAUCCAGCUCUUGCUUCAAUUGCUGACCAAGAUAUAAAACUGUCUGAACUAGAAUCUGAGAAUCGGAAAAUGAAAGUUGAGCUUGAGGAAUUCCGGACAGAGGCUACCCACUUAAAGAAUCAGCAGGCAACAAUACGAAGACUUGAAGAGCGCAACCGCCAGUUAGAGCAACAGAUGGAAGAAAAAGUAAAAGAAACUGUGGAGAUGAAACAACGUAGCUUGGCAGAAGAGAACCAGAAGACUUUGGAAGUUUUAAAAGAAAGGGAACAAUCGCUGCAAGAUCAAUUACGACAAGCUAAAGAAAGUGUUUCCACUAUGCAGAAAUUACAUGAACUUGCACAAAGCCAGUUAUUUGAACUCCGUGCACAAUCAGAUGAAGACACUGCAGCAAAGCAAUCAGAGCUCAGUCUAUUGAUGGAUGAAGUUGAACGGGCUCAAACACGGCUUCUUAGUCUUGAGAGGGAGAAGGGACUUCUUCGUUCUCAAUUACAGACUGCAAAUGAAGAUGCUGGAAAUAAGAAGAGUGAUAAUUUAGAUUCAAAUAGCAUCCUUGAGAAUUCUUUGAAUGCUAAAGAGAAAAUAAUCUCUGAACUGAACCGGGAGCUUCACAAUAUUGAAACAACCUUAUCAAAUGAGCAAGAAGAACACAUGAAAGACAUUAAGAAAUUGAAAGUGCUGCUCAAUGAAAAGGAAGUUGCUAUUGAAGAGAUGAAGAAAGAGCUUCAGGCAAGGCCAACAGAAAAAACGGUUGAUGAAUUGCGUAAACAAUUGAAACUUAUGCAGGUACUGAUUUAUAAUUCAAUUGAGGCUGAAGAUUGGGACGCAGCUACAGGUGGGGAAGAGAUGAGCAAAAUGGAGCAUCUUCUUCUUGACAAGAACCGGAAAAUGGAACAUGAGCUCACACAGUUGAAGGUCAAACUAAAUGAGAAAACAGCUUUGCUGGAAGCAGCUGAAAGCAAGACAGAAGAACUUAAAGCUAAGGUCAAUGAACAGCAAAAGUUGAUACAAAAGUUAGAAGAUGACAUAUUGAAGGGUUAUAGUUCCAAAGAUAGAAGAGGCAAUCUGUUUGAUGACUGGGAUCUUUCAGAGGCCAGGGGUUCUGAGCUCUCUGAGAAUGCAGAUCAAAAACAUAUUUCCUCAGAUCAAGAUCAGAGUUCAAUGCUUAAGGUGAUUUGUAAUCAGCGGGAUCGAUUUAGGGCACGUUUGGGAGAGACAGAAGAGGAAAUACGGCAUUUGAAGGAGAAGAUUGGGCUACUGACAGUAGAGCUAGAAAAGACGAAAGCUGAUAAUGUCAAACUCUAUGGAAAGAUUCGUUAUGUCCAGGAUUACAACCAUGAAAGAGUAGUCUCUAGAGGAUCAAAGAAGCAAGCCGAAGAUCUUGAAAGUGGUUUUGCCUCAGAUGUUGAAUCUAAGUACAAGAAGAUAUAUGAGGAUGAUAUAAAUCCAUUUGCAGCAUUCUCAAAAAAGGAAAGGGAUCAAAGGUACAAGGAGUUGGGUUUCAGGGAUAGAAUCACACUUAGCAGCGGACGUUUUCUUCUUGGCAAUAAGUAUGCUCGAACUUUUGCAUUUUUCUACACCAUUGGGUUGCAUAUCCUGGUGUUCACCUGUCUCUACCGCAUGUCAGCUUUGAGUUAUCUUAGAAAUGGCCCUGAGGAAUCUCUUACUGGAGAUAAAAUUUUGAACCUUCCACAUGCGAUGUAGUGUCACACCAACACCUGUUCUCCACUGAUAUCACUUAUGUGAGAAGAGAAGAUACAGGAAAGAGAUGUCUUAUACCAUGUAUAUAUAACAAAAUCUGGUGCAAAGUUUACUUGCCAAUUUGAUGGUGCAACAAAUAUUGUAAAUUCUUUUAUUCUUGCCUUGAAAUUUGGCCCUUGUAUCAAUGAUGUAUUAAUACGAGCAAAAUCAUAGAAAAUAAUCUGGGCAAUUGAAAAUUUUACAGAUACUUAUUGACUUUUAUCAAAUGCAUGAUGAUAUAAAGCCAACUUAUUGGCAUUUCCA